AUGCGUUUCACCACUGCCGCAACUGUAGCCCUGGCUGGCUCUGCUUUCGCCGCACCACUCCAAGUUACUGAGGAGUCCAAGAACGUCGUCGAGCGCGACCCAGAGGCCUUCUUGGGCCAGAUCAUCGACCUUGGCAAGGGCUUCCUCGGUAUCCAGGAGAAGCGUGACCUCGAGGAGCUUGCGAAGCGCGACCCAGAGGCCUUCUUGGGUCAAAUCAUCGAUCUCGGCAAGGGAUUCCUCGGCAUUCAAGAGAAGCGUGACUUGGAGGAGCUUGCGAAGCGCGACCCAGAAGCUUUCUUGGGCCAAAUCAUUGAUCUCGGCAAGGGUUUCCUUGGUAUCCAGGAGAAGCGUGACCUUGAGGAACUUGCAAAGCGCGACCCAGAGGCUUUCUUGGGCCAGAUUAUCGAUCUCGGCAAAGGAUUCCUCGGCCUGCAGGAGAAGCGUGACCUCGAGGAAGUGGCUAAGCGCGACCCUGAAGCUUUCUUCGAUAUCUUGAAGGGACUUGGCCCCGUCGGCGACCUCAUCCGUGGUGGCUCAUCAAAGCGCGAUGCUGAGGCCGAUCCACUCUUCGGCAAGGUGCUCCUCGGCGCGUCUCUUCUUCCAAGCCUUCUCGGCGGCAACGAGGAGAAGCGCGACCUUAUGGCCCGUGACCCAGAGGCUUUCUGGGGCAAGGCGCUCCUCGGUGCAUCCCUGCUCCCCAGCCUCUUGGGCGGCAACGAGGAGAAGCGCGACAUCAUGGCCCGUAACGCUGAGGCUGAUGCAUUCUGGGGCAAGGCGCUCCUUGGUGCCUCCCUUCUUCCAAGCCUGUUCGGCGGCAACGAGGAGAAGCGCGACGCGCUCAUCGGUGCCUCCCUUCUUCCAAGCCUCUUCGGCGGCGAGGAGAAGCGCGACCUUUUGGCCCGUGACCCAGAGGCAUUCUGGGGCAAGGCACUCAUGGCUGCUUCCCUCAUCCCAAGCCUGUUCGGCAACGAGGAGUAA